UUAACACACGUGUGUUUGCGUCUAAUUAUGUCGCGGACGGACACGCGCGUUCAUCGAAAACGGUUUACAUUGAACGUUUACGUUACUGGGACAUCGAGAGGCGGUAGACAAAUCGUUUAAACGGCUGUCGUGGCAGCAGUGGUGGAAAAAUCCGGCUCAUUUUGCAAUUUUAGAUCGUACUUCUGCGUUGCGAAGUUGCAGCCAACGCGGCGGACGGGGCGAGCGAACGAAACGCCCACUAUUGAGGCAGCGAUUCCCUCCCAUGACCGGGCGAAACUCCAUUUCAAGGUCUCGCCCACAGCGAACUAGAGAGAAAUCUCUAGCGACACUUGGGCUCUUUGCGGUCUCGCCACAGCAUAUAUAUUAACAUUGUCCGCCUUGAGAGACAAGACCUGUGGAGAAAAUGCACUCGGGAACUCUGGAGAGAGUGAACACACCGAGGAAACGGUCUUUAUCUCGGGGAAUGAGUGAGGAUGAGUCACUUCGACACAUAAUAAAAGAGGCAGAGAGCUCUGCCAGACGCCUGUCACGCGCAGAUAGUCGGGUGGGCUCUAUCAAGAAGCUGGACAGAGGAGAAAGUCAGAGUGAAGAGGACUUGGUUACAAGGAUUCCUGAAAUGCUGGACCUCCAGGAGGCGUACAAUGAAGCGAUGCAGGAUGUUCGACAACUGGAGCUCCAUCGAGAGGUGCUGAUUUUUCAGGUUGGCUGCCUGCAGGAUGCCCUCGAAGGGGCGGAAGAGAUGCUUGCCGAAGCACAAAGGGAAGCCAGCGACGCUAAUUUGGAGCUGGAGCGAGAGAGGCUGGCGAAGAGAAACCUGGAAGUCAAAGUGGACUCACUCAUGCAGGAGUUGGAGAAACUAAGACAGGAGUGUGGCGUAGUGCGAGGGAUAGACAGUUCCGGUGGCAUGGAGAAUGUUUCUCCGGAGAGGAUGACCAUAUCAACAGUCCCUGUUGACAUCCAAGUCAGGAAUUCAGAACAGGAAAGCAACGUUGAUGUGACAGAUGAGGGGAUGAGGGAAGAGGGUGAUAGCAGAGGGCCUUUGACUCUAAAUGAGGAUCUGAAGAAUAGGAUAUCUGCAGAAGAAGCUCUGCUCUCCAUUGUACACCUGGAUAAUACCCCAAGUCCCUCAAGCCUUAUACCUGUAGAAGGAGUAAAUGAGACUCCAGAGAAGAUGUCAUCAAAGAAAGCUCCUGAUGGUGUGUUCAGUUCCUUCCUCAGGAAACGAAACGAAGAACAGUCCCCAAUGGAAGAAAGCAGUUCACACCCACCUCCACUUGGCUCAUCUCAUCUGGAGUCAUCUGUGGACUCAGAGGAGGCUGACAAUGAAAAGGAGAGUAAAAAUGCUGAAGAAACAAAGGUGAACAUUGAAAGCCCACUUGCUAAAUUUCAGAGAAUAGUCAACAAGACCUUUGCUCAGAUGUCUUCUUUAGCUAUUACUACCAGCCCUUCACAGGAUGGGAUCUUCAGGAGUGCUUCUGUAAGUCAAGGGAACUUGUUGUCAAACAAAAAAGUGAUGAGGGACACUACUCCAGAACAGACUGAUGCUGUGCCCCAUGUAGAUGCCCUGUCGGAUGCCCAGUCUGAAACACUGGAAAAUACACCCGAUGUUGACACAUCAUUAACGCAGCCCAAACUACAUGAGGAACCAGACCCUGCUAAAGUGGGCAAUGAAGAUAAUGGGGCAGGUGUUCCCUACACUGUACCUGAAGAGCCUUUGGGCCAAAAACAUGAUAUUGACAGCAGGGAUCCUAAGAACCCCGAUUCCUGUACUCUGUCCUGAAAACUGGCUUCUCUUAUUGUACCACAGCAUAAUUAAUGCUGCUAGGUAUCAUAGCCAAAUAGAACUAGGAAAAAAAGUCUUUCAUGUGUAGUGUUGAGCUAAUACAACUUUUUUUUUUUUUUUUUGCUGCUGGUUAACUCACUAUAGAAACACAUUUUCCUGACUUUAUAUUGUCCAAAAAAAGGAAACUAUUACACAAAAUAGAUAAGGUCCUCUAAAUACUUUGAGAUGCUGUAAUGAUUAAUUCUAUGAACAAAACAGACUGUGCAUGCUAAGUGGUAUAUUGAAGUGUAGCAUGUACUGUAUGCAUUUUAAGCAUUCACGUUGAUCCACACUGCUUUUUGAAUUUUUACUUGCACAAACUCAUGCACAGCUGUUGUGAAACUACUGAAAAAAGGAAAACCUUUUAUCAAACAUUGCUGGACUGAGCUGUUUUUCCUUUUGCCCUUUGAGCUUUCCACAGGGCACGCUUGUCGACACUAUUUGUUUUCAGGGUUGUACUGCAAGUUUGUACUGAAUCAUCAGAAGCUGUAUUUCCCUUGGAGGGAGGGUAAAAUCCUCUAAACAAAUUUUGCUGGAAACUGUGUAUUCAUUUUCAAAAGGGCCAAACAUGAUGUUUCAAUGAAAAAGGACACAAGUAGAGCUGAUUAUAGUGUCUUAUGUACUUUUUGGUAUUGAUAUUAAAUCUGAAUGUACAGUAUCUUCAAGUGCUAUGGCCUUUGAAUGUGUUAAUACUAAAAUAGGUCUGUUUGAAACACUGUUGAAAGGGUUGUCAGAAUAGAAAUAUGGAUAUAAAGAUGCAAACAGUGAUGUGGGCUGGUAGUUCUGCACUAGUGACAUAGCAGUAGACUGCAUUCCAAAGUAGUUUUGUAUGUCUUACGUAAACAUUUUUUCCCAUUUAUUUACAUUUUUCCUUAGAUGGAAUGUGAAGUAUGUCUGAUUAGAUUGUGGUUUGCACUUGAAAUCCAGAUCUGUUCCACAAGGUAACACUAUUUCACCAGUCAUUUUUAAUUGGAUGCUAUAACACAAAUGGAACACACAAUUUUUGCCUGGAAGAUAACUGCUCUUAAGCAUUUAUAUUAAUAAAAGGGCUUAGUAAAUGAA